GAGAGGAAGGUUUCAUAUUGAGCAAAAAAACGGCUUAUUUCGAGUCGGACUCUCACAAAGAACCUAUAUAAUUUAUAAGUUGUAUAAUACACAGAUGUCAAUCGCAACGAAAUAACUGUGAUCAACUCUGGUUGGACUGGCAAUCCAAAGAUGUGGGUUCGAGUCCCACGUUACUCAGAGUUGCUUCACCAAUGGUUAAUUGUCAACAUGUAGUUAUAUUUUUUUGUAUUAACACACCGAGUUUGAAGUUGAAGAAAAUGGAAAACAAAAGUGGAGACAGUACACCGCCCUGCGAUACACCAGCUAGCGAAUCCAAGUAAAACGAGAGGCCUCCAACUUUAUACGCUGCUGAUAAGUUUAAUACCUAUGGAACCACUUAAAAACCAAGGGAAUAACAAUGAUAAGCAAGCACAAAAACGGCCAGAUGUUUAUCAAAAUCAGCAGUGUCAAAGGCUUUGCAAAAAUCCAGCAAUGUUAACACAGUCAAUCUACAAUUAUUCAUAUCUAAGCGUGUCAUGCGUGAUUUUAACGAGUCGAGUGUAGUAGCAUUUGUAUUAUAUCAAGACCAAAAAUUAAUUAAGUAGGAAUUUAGGAAGUAAUUUCUAUUCAGCAGACAUACAGAAAUAAGUAAGCAUAGAGUGCGCACUCCAUACAUCAGUUUUCUUACCUAAAGCUGCUUAUAUUCGUAGUCGACAUCUAGCGUCUAGUAGCGGAUUUAUCAUGACUGCUAUUAGACAAUAGACGUUGCGAAGAAUGAUAGGUGUAAUGCUCAACAAUUUCAGCUAAUAUUAUAACCGGAUUAACCGAAACUCUAUUUUUAACUCCUUCUGCUUAUAAUAUUAGCUGUAAGUUGAUGAGCACUUUUCGUCAGUCGCGACACUCGCGACAUCUAGUGUCAAGUAGCGGUACUGAUAAAUCCGCUACUCGACGCUAGACGUCGUCUUUGAAAUUAAGCAGCGUUUUGGUAAGAAACCUGAUAUAUGGAGUGAGUACUUUAUGUCUACUUAUUUAUUUACUUUCGUGUUUACUUUCGUGAUUGAGCCUUUUUUAAUUGAAAGUGCUUAUCAGUUAAUAGAGGUAAUAUAAUUAUCAUUAAAUUGCCGUAAAUUAUUGUUGUAGUCAGUAAUUGUUUAUUAGCAAAAGAAGUAUGCCAGUCAAUAUGUUUGAAGUUUUAUGGGAUUGGCUUUUCGGAAAUAUUUUUUGUUCUUUUUCAGAAUAUACCUGAAAAAAAACGGUUAAUGAUAAUUACAGAUGCAAAAGUUAUUUUAUUUAAAUACUAUGGAAGAGAAUUUAAACAUGUUUUGUUAUUUUCAAUUCGAUAGUCGAUGAUAUAGUGAACUAUAUAUUUUAAAUUAAAAUAAUCUUAGUUUAGAUGAAUGAACCAACACCAACAAUGUAGAGUAGAUAAAGAUCAGCUGUUUUUAUUUUAACUUAAGAUUUAAUUCCGAUAAUAUUUGCAAUCUAUUUUUAUAAAAUCAAAGGGUACUAAAAGGCUGGUAACAUUUAAAAAUAAAUAUAUAUAUUUUUCUAAUCAAGGUGAAGUAUCAACCUUCACCUUGAUUAGAUGACAAUUGACAAAUUGCGAAGAACCACUUCAGUUUCAUCUGAAUUAGUACGUACAAAUCCGCACUAUAUACCCUAGUUACAAAUAUAAAUGUUUUUGUUGAGAAUAAGAUGACUGGUUUUAAGUAUUUCAUGGGAUUUUCUUUGUAAUACAAACAUGAAGUUAACGUCAAAACGAAUAUGGUUGUGUAUAGCAAUGUUAGGAUGUAUCAUACUGUUGUUAUUGUAUCAGUGGGAUUUCACUAGAAGUGUUUUACAGCUACAAAUCAUGUCAAAUUAUAAUAAUACAACCAACGCAUUACAUAAACAAAAAGAGAUGAAAUAUAUAUUGGAAUGGACAAGUCCAAACCAUUGGCCAUUGAAAUAUUGGGGUCCAGGCCAAAAUGAGUAUAUCAGGAGAAAAUGUAAAAUCAAUAAUUGCUACGUAACCGCAAAUAGAUCGUUUUUUCCGAACACCUCACAAUUCGAUGCAGUUGUGUAUAAUGCUAUGGAAAUGUGGAGUCAUACAUUUAUUCCCGGCCCAAGCGAACGCAGUCCUCAUCAAAAGUAUAUAUUUGUCAGCGUGGAGUCCUCGGAAUACUAUCCGAUUUGUAACAGGAGAUAUGAUGGUUAUUUCAAUUGGACUUGGACUUACAGGUUAGAUUCUGAUGAACCUUACGGAUACAUAACUAUUAGAAAUAUCGCUGGCGACAUAAUUGGUCCAAAUCAAAUUAUGCACUGGAUGAAAUUAGAUUCGAUGCAACCAAUUGAUACAAAAACAAAAAAGAUGUUAGAGAAGAAAAACAAGACUGCUGCCUGGUUUGUUUCGAACUGUAAUAGUUUAAGUAAAAGAGAAAAAAUCGUCCGUAGGUUACAACGUCAAUUAAGUAAAUAUGGUUUGGAGAUAGAUAUUUUCGGAGCAUGUCAUUGGGCUUCGAAACAAUGCCCAUUGGCAAAAAUGAAAGAGUGCUUGAAAUUGAUCCAAGAGGAGUACUAUUUUUAUCUCUCUUUUGAGAAUUCCUUUAGCGAAGACUACGUGACCGAGAAAUUGCUGACGGCACUUCAGAAUUACGCAGUGCCGGUGGUUUUCGGAGGCGCUAACUACACACGAUUCAUGCCAGAUGGUAUUUAUUUGCAUGCUCGUAAACUAAAGGUAUCUGAUUUGGCGAAACAAAUGAAUGAUAUAAUAAAAGACAAAGACAGAUACUACAAUUUCUUCAAAUGGCGAAACCAUUAUUCCUACCACGAUAGAGAAGAGUCGCCCGAUUCUGAUGACCAGUGCAUAACGUGUGCAAUGCUUAACGACGAAAAUCUUGUAAAAAAGGAAACCGUGUAUAAGGAUUUUAGAAGUUGGUGGAACGUUCCAUGGAAAUGCUUUGAAUAGGGUUUAUGGGUGGGUAGUUGUAAAUUGUAAAAUGUAAAAACAGUUGGAGCUCAAUUACUGUCGGCCUGAUUAAAGUUUUAGGAUACGUCUAAUAUCUGCCAAAGAUACUAUGUGAAUUAUAUAUGUCAGUGUCAAAAGAGACGUUUUUUUCAAACGAAAACAUUACUUUUGACACUGACAUACCCAAGCCACAUCGUAUUUUUAGGAAAUUUUUGACAUAUCUUAAAGUUCGAAUAGGGCCGCGUGUGAGGAGCAAAGUAAGCACAUUUUAUGGUAGUGAAUAAACACGCACACACAGUAGGUAGGUAAGUUUUUAUUGUUUUCCUUGAAAUUGACUUAUUAAUAUUAUAUUUAAUUAGUACACCAUGUUUGAGGUGUUAUGUUUGACAGUUACAGAGAUGUAACUAAAAAAUGCGUUACGUCUUUUUGUUGGUGCAAAAUAUCAAAUAACAUUUUGUAAGAAUUAUAUUCACCUAAGUAUUUGUAUUUUAAAUAUUUAUUCUCAUGAAAAUAAUUUUUUUAUUAAUAUACUGUCUUCUAUAAAUGUGUAAAUAGCAUUUUGCAAAAGGAUGCUAUU